AGCGUCCCAUUGUAUCCUAUCACACCAGAGGAUGAUGUCACCUGCACUCGGCUACACACAGCGGCGAGGAAGGAUAUUGUUUUUAUAGGGUCUAUUGUAUGCAGAUUCCGUUCCGCUUGGACUGAUAGAGAAGCAUGGCUUUGUGCAGGCAAAAUAUAUCUCCAAUCUAAAAAGCUGCCGUCCUUCUCAUCUGCACUGACAUGUAACUAGAGAACGACGCCACCAUCUCUGAUUCUUACAGAUAAGUGGAAAUACAUUUUUAACAAAAGGAUUUCAUAGGUGAAAGCAACUGACAGACCUGUGGCCAUGGCCCCGAGAAAGCGGAAUAGCAGAGGGGUCUCCUUUAUCUUCUGCUGUUUUAGAAGCAGUGAGCACCCAGAGAUCACGUAUCGGUUACGAAAUGACAGUAACUUUGCUCUGCAGUCGAUGGAGCCAGCAUUGCCAGUGCCUCCUGUGGAGGAAUUGGAUGCCAUGUUUGCUGAACUGGUGGAUGAACUGGACCUGUCGGACAAGCACAGGGAAGCCAUGUUUGCCCUGUCAGCUGAGAAGAAAUGGCAGAUUUACUGCAGCAAAAAAAAGGAUCACGAAGAAGGAGCUACAAGCUGGCCUGAGUUCUACAUUGAUCAGCUGAAUUCAAUGGCUGCUAGAAGGACACUUUUUGCAAUGGACAAGGAAGAUGAAGAUGAAAGAAGCAAAACAAUAGAAAGCCUGAAGACUGCACUUAGGACCAAGCCUAUGAGGUUUGUGACCAGAUUUAUCGACCUGGAUGGGUUAACGUGCAUUCUGAACUUCCUGAAGUGCAUGGACUAUGAAAUAGCAGAGUCGCAAAUACAUACCUCUCUCAUUGGCUGCAUUAAAGCGCUAAUGAACAACUCUCAGGGACGGUCUCACGUCUUGGCCCACUCAGAGAGCAUAAAUGUGAUCGCCCAGAGUCUCGCCACUGAGAAUAUAAAAACAAAAGUAGCAGUGCUGGAAAUAAUGGGAGCAGUCUGCUUGGUUCCGGGAGGACACAAGAAAGUACUAGAAGCCAUGUUACAUUACCAACAAUAUGCCAGCGAGCGGACACGCUUCCAGACCCUCAUAAAUGAUUUGGACCGGAGUACAGGAAGGUAUCGGGACGAAGUCAGUUUGAAGACGGCAAUUAUGUCCUUUAUUAAUGCCGUUCUGAGCCAAGGGGCAGGCGUGGAGAGCCUAGACUUCAGGCUUCAUCUGCGAUACGAGUUUCUAAUGCUUGGAAUCCAGCCAGUGAUCGAUAAACUGAGGGAACAUGAAAAUUCGACACUAGAUCGACAUUUAGAUUUCUUUGAAAUACUGCGUAAUGAAGAUGAACUGGAGUUUGCUAAAGGAUUUGAUCUGGUUCACAUUGACACCAAAAGUGCAACUCAGAUGUUUGAACUGAUAAGAAAGCGAUUAACACACACAGAGUCCUACCCACACUUUACAUCUAUUCUGCACCACUGUCUCCAAAUGCCUUAUAAAAGAAGCGGUAACACUGUCCACUAUUGGCUGUUGCUUGACCGGAUAGUACAACAAAUAGUGAUCCAGAAUGAAAAAGGACAGGAUUCGGACAUCUCUCCGCUAGAAAAUUUUAAUGUUAAAAAUGUGGUUCGGAUGUUAGUUAAUGAAAACGAAGUCAAGCAAUGGAAGGAACAAGCUGAAAAAAUGAGAAAAGAACACAAUGAACUGCAGCAAAAACUGGAGAAGAAGGAAAGGGAGUGUGAUGCCAAAACCCAAGAGAAAGAAGAAAUGAUGCAGACUCUGAAUAAAAUGAAAGAAAAACUGGAGAAAGAGACCACGGAAUAUAAAAAUGUCAAACAACAGGUGACAGAGCUGACAGCACAGAUCCAGGAACUGAACAGUAGGGCAAUCUGUGCCCUAGUUCCUGGUGGCCCCCCACCUCCGCCUGGUGCCCCUGGAGGACCAUUGUCUAUACCUUCUGGGAACUUUAUGCCACCCCCACCUCCUCCACCACCUUUGCCUGGUGGAAUGGCACCACCUCCUCCUCCACCACCACCUCCACCAGGAGGGCCACCCCCUCCACCUGGUCUCCCACUAUUAGGUGCUGCACCUCCAGGGGCUCCUCUGGGUUCUACUAUGAAAAAGAGGAACAUUCCUCAACCCAACAACCCCCUGAAAUCUUUCAAUUGGUCUAAACUUCCAGAUAACAAGCUGGAGGGGACUCUUUGGAUUGAUCUUGAUGACUCAAAAGUAUUCAAGAUUUUAGAUCUAGAAGAUAUCGAACGCACUUUCUCUGCUUACCAAAGACAACAGGAUUUCUUCAUGAAUAACAGCAUCAAACAGGGACCCUCAAGACGAGAGACAUUUAAGCGUCCGAAAGAAACGGAUUGUACUGAUGAUACGCUCAGUUCAAAAAUGAAAGUGAAGGAACUUUCAGUAAUAGAUGGAAGAAGAGCCCAGAACUGCAACAUUCUCCUCUCAAGAUUAAAGCUGACAAAUGAGGAGAUCAAACGAGCCAUUCUAACGAUGGAUGAGCAGGAGGAUUUGCCAAAGGAUAUGCUUGAGCAGCUUUUGAAAUUUAUUCCAGAAAAGAGUGACAUAGACCUGCUAGAAGAGCACAAGCAUGAAUUGGAUCGCAUGGCCAAAGCAGACCGAUUUCUGUUUGAGAUGAGUCGGAUUAAUCACUAUCAGCAGAGGCUGCAAUCUUUAUACUUCAAGAAGAAGUUUGCCGAGAGGGUUGCAGAAGUGAAGCCAAAGGUGGAAGCUAUCCGUGAUGCUUCCAAAGAGGUUCUGCAAAGCAAGAGCUUUAAACAGCUGCUGGAGGUGGUCCUCGCCUUUGGGAACUACAUGAAUAAAGGCCAGAGAGGGAAUGCUUACGGGUUUAAAAUCUCCAGCUUAAAUAAGAUCGCUGAUACCAAAUCCAGUAUUGACAAGAACAUCACCCUCUUGCACUACCUUAUAACUGUUGUCGAGAAGAAGUACCCUAAAAUUGUAAACUUGCAUGAAGAAUUGCCGACCAUCUCCGUGGCAGCAAAAGUGAAUAUGUCUGAACUGGAGAAAGAAAUAAGCACCCUGAGAAAUGGUUUGAAAUCCGUGGAAAAUGAGCUGGAAUAUCAGAAGACUCAGCCCACGCUCCCAGGAGAUAAAUUUGUGUCUGUUGUCAGCCAGUUCAUCACUGUUGCCGGCUUCAGCUUUUGUGAUGUAGAAGAUCUGCUAUCAGAAGCCAAGGAGCUGUUCGUGAAGUCUGCCAAACGUUUUGGAGAAGAGACAAGUAAAAUACAGCCGGAUGAGUUCUUUGGGAUAUUCGAUCAGUUUCUGCAUGCUUUCUUGGAGGCCAAACAGGAAAAUGAGAAUAUUAGAAAAAGAAAAGAGGAGGAGGAGCGGAGGAUACGUAUGGAGGCGCAGCUCAAGGAGCAACGUGAGAGAGAGCGCAAGGCAAGGAAAGCCAAGGAAAAUGGCGAAGAAGAGGGCGAAUUCGAUGAUCUGGUUUCAGCUUUACGUUCAGGCGAAGUCUUCGAUAAGGACCUUUCCAAACUGAAACGGAACCGCAAGCGCAUAACCAGCCAGACUACGGAGAGCAGCCGGGAGAGACCUGUGACAAAGCUGAACUAUUAAUUCCCGUUACCUGCUUAUAAACCCCCGAGCAGACUAUACACAUUAUAUAGUGAAUAAAGUACCUCUUGUAAAAUAUAAGGAUAUUAUAAGUUACCAAGGAGUUUCAUGACCAAAAAAAACACAUACAGGUCAU